AUGGCCCGCCGCGGCAAGAAGGCCUCCAACAGAGCCCUCAACAACGAGGGCUUCGGCGACCAGCAGCAGCAGCAGCAACAACAACAACAACAGCAACAACAGCAACAGCAGCAGCAGCAACCGCGGCAGCAGCUGCAGCUAGUGCCCGUCAAAAAUGAGGCUGCCCAGGUUGCCCACGAGCAGGCAAGACGCCAAGAAGCAGACUACCCUCAGUACCUCAGAGAGAGGGCCAUCAGCGCUCUCUUGGAGUUAGAGGAAAGGGCCUACAGGAACUUCCAAGAAGCAGCUGCACUGGCCACCGCUGCAGCAAAUGCAACCGACAUUCUGCUUGAUAUGACGGCCCCAGGGGCCCCCCCACAGGCCCCUGCCAGCAGCCCACCGCCGCCAGUGGUUGAAGAAGUCUCGACCUCUUCAGGGAGCUCCCAGGACUUUGAAAGCUUCCUGCAGGACCUGCUGCGUCUGCUGUCAAUUGAUUUGUUGUUAGACACCCGGACUCCUCAGCAGCAGCCGCAGCAGCAGCAGCAACCGCGGCAACAGCAACAGCAGCAGCAGCAACAGCAACAGCAGCAGCAACAGCAGCAGCAACAGCAACAGCAGCCGCAGCCGCAGCCGCUGCAGCCCCAGGCUCUGCAGCGACUCGACUUGCUACAGCGCCUGGCCUCAACGGAACCGAAAGACAUCAAGGAGGCCCUUCUGCGCCGGGACAGAGAUAGCAGCGGCGCUCUGCACCUCAGUCUCCUUGAGCGCCUCAGCAGCGGGGAGGACAGCGAGACCUUACAUCUGUCUCUCUUGGAGAAGCUGUGCCUCAGCGACACCGUGCAGCAGAACUCCGCAGACGCAAAGGCAGACCCGAAGAGAACAGAAGCGGGGGCUCCUGCUGCUUCUGCUGCAAAAGGGGGAAAAGAGGCCCCCAGGGUCCCUCGCUCCAUUCGGCAGCAGCUCUCUGACCAGGAGAAAAACAGCGAAAACUUGCACUUGAGCCUCCUCGAAAGGAUCGGGUCGCUGACAGACCUCCCAGAGGGAACAGCAGACAGCCAGUCCCUCCACCUGUCCCUCCUCUUCGGUAGAGGCAGCUUGCAGGAUAUCGUAGGAGGGCGAAGCGUGAGCGAGCGCAAAGGGACCUCGGGUGCAAAAGCGGAGGGCCCAGCAGGCAAUGCUGCAGCUGCAGCCCAAGGAAGCCUCAGAAGGCCAGAACCCAUGCGGCCUAACUGCAGGGGGCCCCCUGCUGCUGCUGACACAAGACAGGCGACUGGAGAAGCAGCGAGGCAACAGUUCAGAAGAAGGGAGCUUGGCAGCCCCGGAAGCAGCAGCAGCUGCAGCGGAAGCGGCGAGUCCUCAGAGUGGCUGACAGAAAGCAGCAGCGGCUCACGAGACAUUGAGGCCCAGCUGUUCCCUCAACCUAAGGCAGCGCAGCGACCCGGCAGAGGCAGAAAAGCCCCUGCAUGGUCAAGCAAGCUAACUCGUGCAGCUCCAGUGAAGCUGCAGCCACAGCAGCAACAGCAACAGCAGCAGCAGCAACAGCAGCAGCAGCAGCUGCUGCUGCUGCAGCCACAGCAGCAGCAGGAGAGUGGUGCCCCUUCCUCCUUGAAGGCAGUUCUUCGGAGCGCUUCACCCAUGCCCGGAGGCAGGUGGACGACCCCACCCCUUUCUAAUGGAGCUGCCGUUGCGGGACCCUGUCCUGCCACCACAGCGGCGGCAGCAAGAGGAGGCCAGCAGCAGCCCCCACAGGCUGCAAUAGCAGCUGCAGCAGCAGCGACAGGAGCAGCAACCGCAGCACGGGACCGGCGGCCAGCCUCUGCAGCACCACAGACCCCCACGGGCCCCGAGGCUUUCUGGGAUUUGUUUUAUAGUCGAACGACGCGAAAGAUGCUCGAAGACGCCGCUGAACCUGCACAGACAACCCGUGCUACAGCUCCUCGGCCGGUUACGCCUUCUCCUGCAGCUCCUAAGAAGCAGCAAGAAGGACAAAGUAAGAAAGCCGCGUGGGUCUGGCUAGACUCCCAGAGCUCCUUAGACACUCCUUGCCCUAAAGACUGCAAAGGGUGCCUCAACAACAGCGAAGAAAAACCCUAUGACGCUGACAGCUCCGGCGUCUCCUCCCAAGAGGGCUUCCAAGUCGGCGCUUCCCCUUGUCUCUUUGUAAGAGGCGCUCCGCUGACCCAGCAGCAACUGCAGCAGCAGCAGCAGCCGGCAAGGAUCCGCGUUGCCGGACCCGUAGAAGCCAACGGAAGGCCUCCGCUACUGUUCGAUGACUCCGUGCCCGCGGAGGGGCCAGCGUUUUCGCAGGGAGCUGAGAGCAACAGGCCUCCCCAGCAGCAGCAACAGCAGCAGCAGCAGCAGCAACUGCAGCAGAGUCAGUUCCCCGCUGCUCCUGCGGGAGAGCAGACGGGGACCAGAAGAAAGCGCCGAAGCGGGAGACGCCGCUCCUCAGGUCGCCGUCGCAACUGA